UUAGAAUAUAUAAAGGAAUAAAAAAAUCGUACGAAAUGACUUGACAGCAAAAUUUUAUUUGCGAAAAUAUAAGAAAUGUGAGAAAUAGGAAUAUAUCCGACGCAAUGGACGUUUUGACAUUUUUGUUUGCAGUUCUUUUUACAGUUCUUAUGUUUAUACUGGUGCACCGUUUCAUAGGAUUGAAUCUUUCUGGAGUCCCGGUAGCCGCGAAUCUACCAGAAUUUGGAGAAGCAAAAAGUAUAGAACACAAAACUUCGUCCAGCGGACAAGCCGAAGAUAAAGAUGGACAGCAACCAAGAGAAAGGUUCCCUACAAAACAAACAGCAGAAACAAAAAUUUAUACUGGGCGUUCACUACCAUUCAGCACUGCAUGUGAGGUCUCAAGUCUUGGCGCAUGCACAGACACAGAGUUAUCUGUACCAAUACAUGAAGGAGAGAUAAGAAAUGGAGAGCACGAACAGAAUUUGAUGGGGGCAAGGAAUGAUCGGUCAGCAUCACAAGUAAAAGUAUUUACAGAUUUUUCGAGUGAUCAUGAUAAAACUUCAGUAAAAGAAAUAAGUGGGAAAAAUCAAGGGACUGAAGGUUAUCCCAUAAGAGAGUCAGUUGUGCCUUUUCCUGCAAGACUGUUAGCAUCUUUACAGCAAUCAGACCCAAAGAUACAGAGAGAUCCUUCACAUGGUCCUGUUGCAGACCAUCCAGCUCCAGAUGGAGAAAAAACGCUAGAUGAAGAAAAACAUAUUGAUGUUCACCCUACAAGACAUGGAACACCCCCAUCUUCUGUUGAUGGAAAUCAAGGUCCACCCUCACUAGCAGACUCUGGAAUAUCAAGUAAUCUUUCAGUUCGCAGUUCUGUCAUCAGUGGAGAAGCAAUGGAGGGAAGAGGAAAGCUGGCAUGUGAGGUCUCAAGUCUUGGCGCACGCACAGACACAGAGUUAUCUGUACCAAUACAUGAAGGAGAGAUAAGAAAUGGAGAGCACGAACAGAAUUUGAUGGGGGCAAGGAAAGAUCGGUCAGCAUCACAAGUAAAAGUAUCUACAGAUUUUUCGAGUGAUCAUGAUAAAACUUCAGUAAAAGAAAUAAGUGGGAAAAAUCAAGGGACUGAAGGUUAUCCCAUAAAAGAGUCAGUUGUGCCUUUUCCUGCAAGACUGUUAGCAUCUUUACAGCAAUCAGACCCAAAGAUACAGAGAGAUCCUUCACAUGGUCCUGUUGCAGACCAUCCAGCUCCAGAUGGAGAAAAAACGCUAGAUGAAGAAAAACAUAUUGAUGUUCACCCUACAAGACAUGGAACACCCCCAUCUUCUGUUGAUGGAAAUCAAGGUCCACCCUCACUAGCAGACUCUGGAAUAUCAAGUAAUCUUUCAGUUCGCAGUUCUGUCAUCAGUGGAGAAGCAAUGGAGGGAAGAGAAAAGCUGACUACCAUUCAACCUGUCUUGCCCAGACAACGUGAUGAAUUUAUAGACGAUUCGUUCGAUCCAUUUUCCUUUACUGUCGGUCGUAAUGGAUGCAUUGUGAAGACUCCAUAUGCUGAAAUUAUAUUUCCUUGCGAUGCGGUCGAUGAAAAGAUAGAAAUUACAGUCAGGCCUGACUAUUACCGAUUGAGAGAGAAGCUUAUUGAUGAUUCUCGCAUAUAUGUUUCACCGGAAAUAUUUUUCGAAUCAAAGGACGAGAUGAUGUUUAAGAAUGAAGUGACAAUAAACCUGGAAGUCAUGUACUCUGCAAUUGAUCCUGACGAUCCACUUAUUCUUAAUGUCGAGAGGAUUGAUGAUGGUGUUGUUGAGAACUAUUCGAAGUUGGAGCAUGGACAAGGUACAAAAGCUGAAUUCAAAGUGAAAACCUUUUGCGGGUACUGCAUCUACGCUCUGAAAUCUGAGUUCCCAAAAGCGAAACGUCAUUUUUACUCAAUUAUUUGUCUUCGUCAACCUCCUAUUGAAACUCCAAAGCAUCACUAUAUCCACUGGUACAUAUUCGAUCGUUGUGAGAUUGAACUUCGCAGCAAAUCUGCUUCAAUAAAAGACUUGGGUUUUCACGCUCUGGGACUGUCUGAAAGCUUUACUGUUAAAUAUGGCCAGAAUGUUCGACUCCGAUUCCAAUCGAAUCGAAAUGUGCAAAUUGCAAGCAGAAAAGUUGAAAUUAUGCCAUUUUGGGGUGACCCAUUCAGCAAAGAUGAAAGAUUCACUAUUGAUGCCAAUAAGAUAGAUCUUUCAGGGAGUGAAGCCGAUGAAGAAGAUGAACAGCCAGUGAUAAAGUAUACAAUAACUGAGAUAGAUCCUGCAUCGAAUGAAGAAACAUUAAUUGUAUUGAAUGGCUCUUUACCAUUUGAUUGGCUGGUCCCUGCUCAGAAAACAGAGAUUGUGAUGAAGGGAGACAGCAGUGUUGCUUUUCAAAGCACCACAUAUGUUGGAGAUUCCCGAAUGGAAAUAUCAGCCAAAAAAUUACCACAUAGUAUUCGUAUGGCACAAAAUCCAAACGAAAGAGAAGCUUCAGAUGCAUUCCAGUCUUAUGAUGUACAGGCUCGGAGAAACGGCAGAUAUCCAAUAGGUGGAGCCAUGGGGGGUCACAAUCAAGAUAAUCAACAACCUUCUAGCAUUUCUACUGAUAGCAGUGAUGAAGAUUUGCGUGAACAGAAUUUAGAUUUUCAACCAGAAAUCUUCAUAUUUCCGUCACCAGACGAGUCUCGAUCUUCAAGCAGUCGCAGAUAUUUUAACAGGCCGAUGGUGGGUCAAAGAUAUCAAUCUGAAACAGGUCAAGACCAUGGAAGAAAAGCAUGUGGUUUGGCUUCAAAUUACCGAAGCAUGCCUUCCCACCCCAUUAGAAGGUCUUGCAGCCUAACUCUUGACAACUAUCGUUUUCUUCCUUCCAUUCAAGAACAACAUCAUAGGGAAGAUUCCCAAAGUUAUAGCCUCACAUCUCGAGUUCGAUCAAGCUCAGCCGAUGGGGCUCACCACCGUACUCACGGUCGGUAUUUGGAUGGUUGUAGGUCGAGAGAGGCUGAUGAUCAUAAAAAUAAUGAUGAGCAUUGGCCCAGAAAUCAGCAGGAACUACCAAUAAAUCAGGAUUCUGAGGAUGAACAGCAAAUAUUGGAAAUAUGUGCUCAAAGGAUCUCAGGACAAAAAGAGAAACAAGAUUAAAAAUUUUUAUAUAAAUAUUCCAGGAAAGAAGCCAAAAAUCUUAUCGCCUAUGAAACAAAAUGACAGAUCCCAGUUCCCUCACAAAAUCAAAGAAGCUGUUAUAGAUAUAAAUACUGAUGAAUCUUAAUUCAUUAGUAGUUUGACUUUGAGCAUUCUGAAAAGUUCAGUUAGAUAAUGUAUAUUUUUAUUUCUUUUUUAUUAUUUUACCAGUCAAAGUUCAAAGAACAAUGGUUUAUCUCCGUAUCAUCAUGAAAAUUGUCCAAAUUCAACUCCUCGAUGCCAUUUUGCGUACUAAAAUGGCAAUAUUUUAUGUACUUUUUAUAUGAAUCACCAACAGGAAGGUUGUGAGCUUUGAAAUAUAAUGAUUUUUGUAGUUCUUACACUUGGGCUAUUGCAGUGUAAAUGACACGCAUAGAAAUGUAAUAUUUCUUUGAUAGAAUCUUUAUAUUUACUAAAAUUGGGAAGACUGUACUCUACUGGGACUUCCUGAAGUAUGUGCACCAAGAUGGCGCACAAGCUGAACUCAGGUUGUGUACCAGGUUAGGGUUCAGGUCGUGCGACAUCUUGGUGCGCAUACUUCAGUAGUACCCUCUGCUGUAAAGAUUACGUAACCCCAAUACUUAGUUUUAGCCUUCGUGUUCAUAUAUUUUAGCAUUGAUCUCUAAUUUUACUUUUAAACUUUUAUUAAUCACCGUAUCUUUGAGUCUAUAAAUAUAAAUGAGCU